AUGGCUUUUGAAACAGUUAAUUGGGAAUUACGUAACUCAUCAGAGUAUCUUGAUCUAUAUGAACUAUAUGGAUCUGAAAACUCAAAAUACUUCUCAAUGAAGAUAAACCAUGGAGGAAGUUUCUUGUACUAUCCAGAAAGAGGUUAUCAUGGAGGAAUAGUUGAUCAUGUUGAUUUCAUCAACAUAACUAAUUUCUCUUUGGAGGUAUUUCAGAAAAUAAUAACUUCUUUUGGUUAUGAUAUCAACAAAACCUUUUUCUACUCUUUGGUUUCUUAUGCUCCAUUAGAUGUUGGUUUAAACAAUCUUGAAAAUAGUAAGGAUAUUUUUGAAUUUCUCAAAAAAGUGAAAACUGAUGGUUUCUUGUGUGUUCAAGAGAUAUAUCUGGAACAUCAUCACAAAACUGUUUCAACCUUUUUCCCACACAUAUUAAACUUGGCCACAAACAGUUAUCUUUGCACACAACUAUAUACAUUGGUUGCAUCCAAUCCAAAUGUUAAUGUGUGGGAAGCAAGAAUCAACUUUUUUGACAGAUUCAACUUUUGGAUUGAUGUUCACGAACUCCGUGAAGCUUUGGAAUACAUAAAGUUUCAAGUGAAUCUUCUCAGAGGAAACAAGGUGGAAAUGUAG